CAGAGUCAAUUUUCAGUACUAUGAGUUUGCCAGGGAUAAACCAGAGAUUCUUCAAAAUUGUCAAAACUUAAGAAAAUGGAUGGAGGACAAUCAGAAUGCGACAAUAAACGAUAUAAAUGACAAAUCGCAAGAAUUUCAAAAAUGGAUCGACGAUACAUUUGAGAAAAUGGAACAAGUCGUAAAGGCCGCAACUGAAAAAGAACUCCUACUGAUAUCUGAAUCAAAACAAAAACUUGAAGAAUGUCUUGUCAAAAUAAAUAAAACUUUAUAUGAUCCCAAAUAUGAGGAAUACCUUGUCGACACGGAAAAAGAAAUAAUAAAUAACUACUGUGCUGAAGCAAAUGAUUUGCUCAAUAAAUCGAAUCUAAGUCAAAAAGAGAUGGAUAAAAGAAGAAAUGCAAUAGAGGAAAACUGCUAUUCAAUUUUUGCUCAAAUAAAAAUUAAGAUACAAGCAAGGGAGAAUAAAAGAGAAGAAAUGGAAUUGCAGAAGAAUUUAACUUUGCUUGGAAUUUUUACCAAUAAAGUCUUUAAUGUCACAUCUGAAUUAGUUCUAACGGACAAAAUAUCUUCGCAUGAAGAAACGCGCAUCAUCAUAAAAACCAGGGGAAGCUGUGAAACGUAUUAUGGCAACAUUCUCGAAAUAUAUCAGCCGUUAAAGGAGUUGGAAAAACAACAAAAUAAGGAAGCUAAAAAUGACUUGACAAACUUUGUGGACUAUGUCAAAAGUUUGGCUACCUGUAUUCAAAGUAGUGACGACUAUAAAGUUUCUAUCAUCAACAAGUGUGACGAAGUAACCCAGUGGAUCCCUAAUAAUAAGGAAGCAAGUAAAAGUGAUUACGAUUUAAAAAAGGAAGAAGUGCGAAAUGUUUCUCAACCUAUGUUUGACAAACAAAAAAAAAAAGAGCAAAAGGAGGCCAGAAGGAGUUUAAUAAACUACGUAAGAAAUACUAGAGACUACAUUCUCAACCCAGCCAACAAAGAUAGAUUGCCGCCUCCAACGCAAACUGGUCUUAUAAACAGUUGCGAAAGCGUGUUAUCAUGGACUUCAAACAAUGAGAGCUUCGGUGAAAAUCUUUACAAUUUGUCACAAAGAGUAAAUAAAGAUAUUGUUAAUUUAAAAAACAAAGAUGAAAAUUAUACACAACUACAAAAUGAGGUUGAUAAAAUCACGGAAUGGAUUUCUGCAAAUAAGACGGCCGUCAAAUCCGAGUAUGAAUCUAAAAUGGAAGAGUUGGAAGAAAUUCAACAGUAUGUUUCAGACAAACUAAGUGAACAAGAGAAGAUAAAAAAUAGAAUGCGUAAAGAAGAAGAAGAACAACAGCGGUCAGCACGACAAGCUUUCAAAAACUACGUUUUGGAAGUUCACGAUUACUUGGAUAGCAUUACUGAGGAACGAUUAUCGUCACGGGAGAAACGUCCUUAUCUUCUUCAAUGCAAAGUACAAUUAACUUGGAUGCGGGAUCAUCAGACCUUAGAAUCAGUCGAGUUUGAACAAAGAAGAAACAGUUUUAAAAAAAAUGUUGUGCCAAUUUUUGACAAUUUAAAACAAGAGGAUAUGGAUGCCCAUCAGAAGCUUCAUGCAUUACACAAAGAUAUAAAAAAUAUGAUUGAUGGGACGGGAACGGAAGAACUUGUAGAUAAAGAUAAAUUACAACGUGCAUGUUCUGACAUUAUCGCCUGGAUUAUCAAACAUCCGAAGGCUUCUAUGACUGACUACGAAUAUCUACAGAAUAACCUCCAACAAAUUAAAAAACAAUAUCAGCACCAAUUGCAACAGAAAAAUCAGCUAUAA